AUGGCGCGACAGACGUCUACCACGGGGGAGAGAUGGAACAUCAUCCUGCAGCCCGACUCAUCCCCCAUCUCGACCCCCCAGCUGGCUGCCGAAGUGCGCACCAUCUAUGCCGGUCUCGUGAUGGUUGAGGCCAAGUGCAUCAACAUCGAUGCUGCCCAGGCUGCAACUCCCAGCUCGCCAUUGGGCCCGGAGCAGUGGCAAGCCUUGAUUGGACUGCACCGCACGCUCUUAUAUGAACAUCACGACUUCCUCAUGGCCACCCAACAUCCGUCGUCUACACCGUCUCUGCGCGGCCUCGCAAACAAGUACUGUAUGCCGGCGCGUAUGUGGAGGCACGGUAUCCACGCCUUCCUCGAGGUGCUCCGACAUCGACGUCCCGAAUCCCAGGAUUACAUGCUUUCCUUUGUAUACUUGGCCUACCAAAUGAUGGCUCUGCUGUUGGAGACUGUGCCCGGGUUUACCGACACGUGGAUCGAAUGCCUGGGGGAUCUUGCCAGAUAUCGUAUGGCCAUCGAAGAAGAGAGAGAAGCGCAUUCCACCUGGGGUGGCGUCGCUGCGCGUUGGUAUACCAUGGCUUCUGAUCGACAUCCAUCUACUGGACGCCUGUAUCAUCACCUCGGAAUUCUCGAAAGGCCCAGUUUGCGCAAAUUCUGCUUAUACGCCAAGUCUUUGACCUGUGUUCUGCCGUUUGCGAAUGCUCGCGAUUCGCUUGCAAUCCUGUGCGCGCCUAUCGUGCUGGAUGAACAAACUAUCCAGAGCAGCCAACAAUCAGCAGAAGCGAGGAUUGUGACAUAUCACGCUCUCGUAGUCUCAACUCGCGAUUUGGAUACUAUUCAAUCCGUCGGCCGAGGCUCAUUGCAGCUGCUCACCGAACAACCUACGAAGCUGAGAGACUUUGGAGCCUACUUUGCCGCGACCAACAUCGCCUUGUUGUUUGAAAUGGGCGCAGCUACCAACGGCCUCUGGAUGCUUUACAACACAGUUGUCAAUCAAGCUACCCCAGGGACGCCUCCUCCACUCGGUGCAGGUGUUCAUCCCGUCAAUGCCACACUGGCCACAAGUACCCCAGAAUCUGCCAUCAGCCCGUACCUUCAGUCUACUAAUGCCUACUUUGCGGAUUCUUUCAAUCUUAUUGUUCGACAAUAUGAUUCGCCCGAGUUCAUACAGGAUGCUCUUUCAUUUGUGCACGUUAGCUUAGUCUGCCUGCACUCUCUGCACACACUCCGUACACGCCUCGGUCAAAGCCCACCACACACGCCACGCAUUCCUUUCGACUUGGGCCAGUUGGAUUUUGCUGCACUUGCUUCGUUCCUUACUACAUUGGCUCAACAUGACCCUAUCACGGCUCGUAUGUUGGAGUGUGCGCGUCAGGGAGUUUUCAUGAGUUUGGAGCAACAAGAAAGUGCAAAGCCACUUUCGGAGGACUACAUUAUACGUGGACAUAUCUGGAGUCAAUUCUACUUCGUGCCCGGAUUCUUCGACUGCCAGAGUGAGGACGACGGAAGGGCGAUUGAGACUGCAGACAUGAUGAAAUCUCGAGCCGCAAGAGUGUUGUGGCUGGGUCUUUUCUUGGCAUUUCACACGGAUCAUCUCAGCUACGAUGUGAAGACGCAAAUCUUCUCGGCUGCGACUGCAGAUGCCUCAGUGUCUUCAUCGGGGCAGUUGAUGGAACAGGCACCUGAUAUAGCUCACCCUGCAGUGGUAGAUCUAGCCAGCGUGCCUAUCGAUAGGAACUCCGUGCUGGUGGCGCCUGGCUCUGCUGGCACUACUUGUAGUGAUGGUAGUGAGGAUGGCUAUACCAUGAUCAAGAAACCUUCUGUGUCGAGCGGAGAGUCGCAAACUUUGACGUAG